AAGAGACAAUUGAAUCUCUCGAUUCUCACCAUCUUGUUCAAUGGUGGGUUCUUGUUAGAUAAGGCCAGAUCCAUCACAGACGACUCUGGAGAUCUUGAAAGAUACACUGAUUCCAAAGAUGACUUCACUCUUCUCGUACCCUCUUCGUGGAUUAAGGUAGAGAAAGCAGGAGCCAAUGUUCUGUUUGAAGAGCCAGAAAAACGAAGCAACAACAUAGGAGUUGUUGUGAGUCCUGUCCGAAUAAAGAGUCUUGAAGACUUUGGUACUCCUCAAUUUGUAGCUGAUAAACUCAUCAACGCAGAAAAGCGAAAGGAAAGCACAAAUGAAGCAGAAGUUGUAUCAGUGGGAGAGAGAUCAAGACAAGGACAAGGUCAAGUGUAUGAGUUUGAAUACAAAAUUGAUAGCACGAGAGGAGGGAUCAAAAGGGUUUUCUCGGCUGCGUUUGUGAGCUCUAAGAAGCUUUAUCUAUUGAACGUUGUUCAUUCAGACAAUCCAGAUAAUCCAUUGGAUUCAAGUACGAGAAUCUUGUUGGAACAAGUUCUUCACUCCUUUGAUGCUCUGCCUCUUACAUAA